AAUGCGUUUUAUGCACUCUGUGGUCAAACGUCAAAUAGCGUAGUCAUCGGUAUUUCUUGAGGGUUUUUUCUAUUUUUCCCAGUGAUAACAAAAUGCUUAGUGCUUAUAGUCUCUAUGUUUGUAACCAAUAGAACUCCUCGUAAUUAACGGCGAUGGCUAUAUUUGAGAAAACAUCGCAAACAACUCUCGUUUUGGAUGAUACAGAAAAACUUAUUUGUACAGUGGUUAAUGCACAAAACAUCAAUAAACACACAGAAUACAUAUUGCGAGUGCAGAGAGGGCCUAAUAAGGAGAACAAGUGGAAUGUAUCGAGGCGGUACCGGGACUUCGCCGCGCUGCACUCGAGCCUGCAUCAGGCGAACAUCGAGCUGCCACUGCCCCCUAAGAAACUCAUUGGGAACAUGCAACCAUCUUUUAUUGCUGAAAGGCAAAUAGCUCUACAGAAUUAUAUCAAUGAGGUACUAAACCAUCAGGCGCUUGCUCUGUCAUUACAAGUCAGAAGCUUUCUGGAUCCCAUCAACUAUUCGCUUAGUAUAGCAGAACAAGCUCUGCAGACUGUGUCUAUUGCACUGAGAGGUGAAGGGAGGUUUGAACUGAAAGGACCCCUCGCAGACAUUGGUUGGAGAAUACGAAAACAUUACUUUCUGGUAACUGACAUCCAAAGUCGAAUAAACUGUAUGUUGUCAUAUCAGAACUAUGGACCUGACAGACAUUUAAGUGAUAAAGAUUUACAGACUGCAUUCAAGAGUAUACAUAAUUUAUCUCAUCCAUACAUAGACCAAAUAUUAGCAAUACACAGUUUAGAAACAGGCGCUUACGUAGUGAGAAGGAUACAUGAGAAUGGAACAAUCAGGGACAUGUUAUAUGGGACGGAAUAUACCAAAAACCACCUAGCCAAGUACGGGAACCCUAAAGUGAGGAAACCAUUCACAACGGGGCAAUUAGCUCAUUAUGGAUACCAGAUUCUGGAAGCUUUGAAGUUUCUGCAUGACAAAGGAAUACCACAUGGUCACAUUCACCCGGGUAACGUAGCAAUAGAAGGCCAGAAGGUACAGUUGCUGGAUGUGGAGAACUUCCUGAUGGGAGUGCCGUCGGUGUACCGGCAGCACCUCCUCGAGCUGCGGAAGACCACGGCGGCAGAGGCCGUGGACGUGUACUGCUUCGGACGGACGAUCUAUGAGAUGACCUUCGGCGCUCCCCUCGACCAUAUCAGUCGGGAUAUCUACCCUGAAGGACUUAAUGAGGGAUUAGAAGCAAUUCUCCGACUGUGUCUAUCAUCGUCGGCGUGUAAGCACGGCGUGGCGUCGUUAGACUCGCUACUCUACCACCCGUUCUUCACGAGGAGUGUGCUCAGUAUCGGAGGCACAAUGAGAGAGGACCACUUCACGCACCUUAAGUUCCCUCUCAACUGGAAGGAGGAACUCCGCGCCGCGGUCACGGCUUACGAGACACGGUUGAAGAACGAACAGAAACUGGUGCGAAGUACAAAGAGGGAGGUGCGUAUACAGGAAAUACUCAGCUCUGAAGAGGAGUUACGGAAGCAGAAACGAAGAGCGAAAAAGCGGGAGAGCGUGUGGAAGUCGACCUCGUCCCUGGGCGACGCAGCGCCGUCACACAGCGCCAGCACUGCGUCCUCGCCCACGCCGCCUGUUGCUCUGACAUGUAUUUCGGCAGCGGAAACCAACGGCAACGGGUCGGCAACCCCGGCGGCGGCGAGCCCCGACGCGCGGUCGGCGCUGCUGGGCGCCAUCUGCUCCUUCGACAAGACCCGCCUCGCGCGCACCGACUCCCGGUACAACGAACACCUCUAGCUAAUACCAUCCACUAGUUGCAUAUGUAGCGCGCGACGCGAUAGAUGUCUCAAUAGAAUGUGUUUAUUUAUAGCUUAACAUAACAUAAACAGCCUUUAUACGUCCCACUGCUGGGCACAGGCCUCCCCUCAAUCAACCGGAGGGGGUAUGGAGCAUACUCCACCAAGCUGCUCCAAUGCGGGUUGGUGGAGGUGUUUUUACGGCUAAUAGCCGGGGCCAACGGCUUAACGUGCCCUCCGAAGCACGGAAUCAUCUUACUUUUUCGGACAAUCAGGUGAUACAAGCCUGAAAAGUCCUUACCAAACAAAGACAGUCUCACAAAGUGAUGUCGACAAUGUCCCCAUCGGGAAUCGAACCCGGACCUCCAAAUCGUGAGCCUAACGCUCUAACCACUAGACCACGGAGGCUGUUUUAUAGCUUGCGAGAAGUAAUAUCUACCACGCCUGUAAUUACCUGUUACUGGAGAAACGUUGGAACUUUGACGUAGUAAUUCUCUCUUAAGUGUUUUUUUUUAAUCCUUAGUUUCAGUGUUUGGUCAUUUGCCUAUUUGAAGUUAUUUCCUAGAGAAACACGUUCUCAUCCAAAUAUGUAUCAGCUCAGGAAUAUAUUGUCAGCCAUUUCAGUGGACACUUUAAAACGCGAUAAAAUAAAGUAGCUAAACAAUUUUAAGUUCUAAAAAGUACUGCAUAUAUAGUCGUUAAGGGUUAAACCACACCUGGCAGCACCUCACAGCACUUCUGUUACUCAGAACCGUCAUUUGCUAGAGCGAGAGAGACGAGGUGGUGACAGAUGUGGUUCAACUCUAACAACGACAAUUGGCGAUGAAAUAGCCAGUCUGAAACCUGAACAAAUUUUGGCUUAGGGCCUACAUUUCCUCGACAGAUACAUUCGGAUCUCUCUUUCGUUGGAGAGGUCCGAUAUUUUAAGACAUUGAUUUUCACACCGUUUUCCCUGCCGCUUAUUUGUAAGGCAGCAAUGUCGCAACUUUCUGCCCCCUAUUAAAAAAAACACUUUCCGUGUACAUGUAGUAUAAAAUUGAAGCUUGUCUGACAGAAUCUGUCCCACUAAGAGGGGGACUGAAAAGGCCAUAUUGAAGCAAUUUAUUGACAUUGUGCACUUAAGAUUUCUCUGCGCAAAUGUCAAAUUGCAGUAUUGCUUUUUAGAUGAAUUGCUUUCAUGUGGGCUUUAUAAUUCCCCAGGUCUAACAGUGUACUAGUAUAAAUAGUGCGCGGUGAAUACAUUUACGAGUAUGUAAUCUUUUCAGUACAUGCAUAUACGUUCAUUAAUAUACGUUCAUAAUGCGGCCAUUAAGGCAAUUACUGGUGUUGAAUAAAUCAAACUUGACGAAAUAAAAAGUAUUGAAACGAGGUAAAAAUUAUAAAUAUAAUAAUUUCAGAUCUCGAAAACACGAAAUUGUAUAUUUUCUACUGGACUUUUUGUGUAGCUUUGUCUGUAAUAUUAAUUAAAAAAACUUGUAUUAUAUGUUUGUAAAUUGUGUAAAUAUGAAAGUUAAUUGACGUAAAGUAUUCAGUACAAUUUUGGAUACAAACCGAUGAAUGCAAUUAUUUUUAGUUAUAAUUUAGUUAUACAUAUUUAUUUUGUUAUUCCGAACAAAUAAACGUUUUACAUAUAAGGAUUCAUACUGAAAAUGCAUUAUUAUUGUAGCAUUUAAGUUGUUGUAACUAUGAGAUCUUUCACAUAGAUGUUACGUAUGUUUAUAAAGUGAUACAAUGGGCUGGUCAGUCUCAUAUUGGGUUAGGUUUUGAAAUUAUCAUCUAUGUAGGAGCUUUAAUAUAAGUGUAAGAUAUAUAAAUUAUAAAUGUUUAAUAUAUUUUGUUGUAAGUAAAGAGAAUAUACAGUUUUAGUAAUCA